GACCUUGGUUUAAGGAAGUGGCCUCAGGUCAACAAAGGGAGGGUCCCAGGUCGUAUCAGGCAUCAAGAAGAGGACCAAGCAGGCUCCUCACCCCAGUACACAUGGACCCAGCUGAAUAUGGCCACCUCUUGCUGUCUUUUCUGGAGGACCUCCGCAGUUGUGGCCAGAUAUGGGUCCCCUCAUGUCUUCUAUUUCGUAUCAGGGAUGUAAGCUUUUGACCUGAGAGUUUCUUAGACCAGCAAAGGAGCAGGGUCCAGGCUUUUCCAGGAGAAAGGAGCUCCAGGGACUGUGAGGUGAGGCCUUGGUCUAAGGCAGUGUUUUCAGCUCACAGAGCAGAAAGGGCCCAGACAGUGCCAGAAGUGAAGGUUCUCAGGGGACAGGGAGACCAAGAGGUCAAGAGCUGUGGCACACCACAGAGCAGCACUGAAGGAGAAGACCUGCCUGUGGGUCCCCAUCGCCCAACUCCUGCCCACACUCCCACCUGCUACCCUGAUCAGAGUCAUCAUGCCUCGAGCUCCAAAGCGUCAGCGCUGCAUGCCUGAAGAAGAUCUUCAAUCCCAAAGUGAGACACAGGACCUCGAGGGUGCACAGGCUCCCCUGGCUGUGGAGGAGGAUGCUUCAUCAUCCACUUCCACCAGCUCCUCUUUUCCAUCCUCUUUUCCCUCCUCCUCCUCUUCCUCCUCCUCCUCCUGCUAUCCUCUAAUACCAAGCACCCCAGAGGAGGUUUCUGCUGAUGAUGAGACACCAAAUCCUCCCCAGAGUGCUCAGAUAGCCUGCUCCUCCCCCUCGGUCGUUGCUUCCCUUCCAUUAGAUCAAUCUGAUGAGGGCCCCAGCAGCCAAAAGGAGGAGAGUCCAAGCACCCUACAGGCCCUGCCAGACAAUGAGUCUCUACCCAGAAGCGAGAUAGAUGAAAAGGUGACUGAUUUGGUGCAGUUCCUGCUCUUCAAGUAUCAAACGAAGGAGCCGAUCACAAAGGCAGAAAUACUGGAGAGUGUCAUAAAAAAUUAUGAAGACCACUUCCCUUUGUUGUUUAGUGAAGCCUCUGAGUGCAUGCUGUUGGUCUUUGGCAUCGAUGUAAAGGAAGUGGACCCCACUGGCCACUCCUUUGUCCUUGUCACCUCCCUGGGCCUCACCUAUGAUGGGAUGCUGAGUGAUGUCCAGAGCAUGCCCAAGACUGGCAUUCUCAUACUUAUCCUAAGCAUAAUCUUCAUAGAGGGCUACUGCACCCCUGAGGAGGUCAUCUGGGAAGCACUGAAUAUGAUGGGGCUGUAUGAUGGGAUGGAGCACCUCAUUUAUGGGGAGCCCAGGAAGCUGCUCACCCAAGACUGGGUGCAGGAAAACUACCUGGAGUACCGGCAGGUGCCUGGCAGUGAUCCUGCACGGUAUGAGUUUCUGUGGGGUCCAAGGGCUCAUGCUGAAAUUAGGAAGAUGAGUCUUCUGAAAUUUUUGGCCAAGGUAAAUGGGAGUGAUCCAAGAUCCUUCCCACUGUGGUAUGAGGAGGCUUUGAAAGAUGAGGAAGAGAGAGCCUAGGACAGAAUUGCCACCACAGAUGAUACUACUGCCAUGGCCAGUGCAAGUUCUAGUGCCACAGGCAGCUUCUCCUACCCUGAAUAAAGUAAGACAGAUUCUUCACUGUGUUUUAAAAGGCAAGUCAAAUACCACAUGGUUUCACUCAUAUGUGGAAUCUAAAAAAAAAAAAAAAAAAAAAAAGUUGGUAUCAUGGAAGUAGAGAGUAGAGCAGUAGUUACCAGAGAUUGGGGAGAGGAAGGAGAAGAGGGGCUUGGAAGCGGUUAGCCAACAUGAAAAAUUACAAUUAAAUAGGAGGAAUAAGUUCUAGUGUUCUAUUGCACAGUAGGAUGACUAUAGUUAACAUUAAGAUAUUGUAUAUUACAAAAUAGCUAGAAGGAAGGCUUUUCAAUAUUGUCACCAAAAAGAAAUGAUAAAUGCAUGAGGUGAUGGAUACACUACCUGAUUCGAUCAUUAUACUACAUAUACAUGAAUCAGAACAUCAAAUUGUACCUCAUAAAUAUCUACAAUUACAUGUCAGUUUUUGUUUUUUUUUGUUUUUUGUUUUUUUUUAAUUUACGAAAACAAGUGAGAACGGAAAUCAAUGAUGUAUGUGGUGGAGGGCCAGGCUGAGGCUGAGGAAAAUACGGUGCAUAACAUCUUUGUCUUACUGUUCUCUUUGGAUAAC